AUGGGCUUUUAAAAUAACCCAUGGGCCUUUUGUAAACAAAACUAGUGAAAUUUAUGCGAUUUCUCGGUUUCAGAGACAACGAGGACGAGGAGGAUGAUACCCCAUCUUCCACACGAUUUGGAGUCCGAGAUCCUUUCUAGGGUUCCGGCAAAGUCUCUGCCGAAAUGGAAGACUACUUGCAAACGGUGGUACGAAUUGUUCAGAGAUCCGAGAUUCGUCAAGAAGAACUUUGGUAACGCAGCAGCAAGGGAAAUGAUUGUGCUGAUGAAUUCUGGGGUUUCCUCGAUUCGCGUCGAUCUCCGUGCAAUUGACGACGAGGUUGAUCCAAAUAUGGAGGUUUCAGGUAAACUCAGCUGGCAAAAAGACUCAAAACAGGUCAAAUUAUCUCAGAUCUUUCACUGCGACGGUUUGAUUUUAUGCUUCACUAAGAGAAACACUCGGCUAGUUGUUUGGAACCCCUGUACGGGUCAAACCAGGUGGAUCAAACCCAGAACUCGUUUCAAGAGUGAUGAUGUCUUUGCUAUUGGUUACGAAGACAGCAACUCUUGUUCCGGUAGCUUCAAGAUCUUGAGGUUUUGUUACGACAACAACGCCAAGGACCAGGAGCUCCUCCGGUUUGCUGAGAUUGAGAUCUAUGAAUUUAGCUCUGAUUCAUGGAGGGUUCUUGAUGGCAUGAGUAAUCCUACAUGGGGCUUGUGUGCUGGUGGCGUGUCUGUCAAAGGAACCACUUACUGGGUCGCUGGAGAUAUCAUCGAACCUGGUUUCUUCUUGCUCAGUUUUGAUUUCACUACAGAGACUUUUGGGCGUCUUCCUCUUCCCUAUCAGAGCGACAAUCCUGAAGAUACUUUUGCCAUCUCUGUCGUUGGUGAUGAUAAAAUCGCCGUGCUUCAUCAGAACAUCCUCGCCUUCUCGAAUGAGAUGAACAUAUGGGUGACAAAGAAGAUUGGUGUGGCCAAAGACUUGUCGUGGAGCGACUUCGUCUUAACAGUGGACUAUGAUGAGUUUUGUUUGCCGUUUGUGACGAAUGUGAUGAGUUUUUUGUUGGACGAGGAGAACAAGACAGCAAUCUGUUGUAGUAGAUAUGGAGGAAGGACCCGAAUCUACAUUGUUAAAGAGCACAAAUACAAAGAAGUAUUUAAAGAGAUUACACAAGGUAUUGUUUUGGAUUGGCCAUUUCUCCUCAGUUAUGUUCCAAGUUUGGUUAACAUUCAGAAAACUACACAAAAGGCGAAAGAAAAGGAAAUCAAGGGAGGCUAGGUAGAUCAUUACUUUGGUUAUUUUCUUUCUUCUGGUUUCGGUGAUGUGCUUUUGUGCUGAGAUUAAACAAUUGUUCAUGAGGUUGUUUCAUAAUGGUUAUCUUGUCUUGGAUGGGUUUAUCUAGUGAUAUUUACUCAUAUACAUUGUUCUGCUUA